UUAUGAACUGAAUCUCAGUCACAUCGUAGCUCUUACCGAUCUUCGCGGGAAGCGAGCGUACAAUCGAGCGAGCGUUCGAGCAUGAUAAUUGCUAGUGAUAACAUGUGACCGCGGUUAUUGUCGCGUGUCGUCGCCAGUCUAAAAACUUCAGAACAUAGUAUUGCAGCGGGAAACGAACCGUCAGGACAAGGCUAUCGAAUAUUUGUAAUUGGCUUCGUUUCUGGAGUGAUUGGCCAACAUCACAGUUUGAGCUAUCGGCAAACAUGGAGCAACCCAAACGAAAACGACCAGAGUUCUCCAGUGGCGAUUCGUUAAUUCUAUACUGCAACCAGUACAGCUAUUACUGCCAAAAGGUACUCUGGGCACUUUACGAGAAGGACAUCAAGUUUACCAAGUACGAAGUUGACGUUGCCAAUGAUGAACAUUUUUGCGAGUGGUUUUUAGAAUUAAACCCGCGGGGAGAAUUGCCCGUUCUGCAAAGCGGUUUACUAGUCGUACCCGGUUCCAGCCGCAUUCUGGACUAUCUGGAGGAAAAAUUCCCCCAAGACAAACCAUUAAGAUUACCAUGGGACGUGGAACAACAGAUACAACGUUUCAAAACUACACUGGACAAGAUACCGAUUGGCGUAAUAACGAUUGGUUCGUUCUUGCAUCCGCACACGGUGGUGUCACCUAAAUCGCCCUUUGUUCAGCCAGUCCGCUACACGAUUUUAGAACGUGACGAACAUGUCAGCGCUCGUUUGAGAUCUUAUGCCAGUGCAUUUCCGGCGUUCAGUGAUGUGCUACUUAAAAAGGCCGAUUUCCACGACCGAAAGCGGGAAGUUCUAACAAACGAGCAAUACUAUCGUAAACUGCUGGAUGGGCUGGAAGAGCUAUUGUCGGAGCUGGAGCUACAUCUGGCGAGAAAAAAUGUCGAACACAGUUGGAUAGCGGGCAAACAGUUCACCCUAGUCGAUAUUGCAUUGGGUUGCCUGAUGUACCGAUUGUACGUACUCGGUUUGGAAGACCGAUUCUGGGCCGGAGGUAAAAUGUCCGAGUUGGAAAAGUAUUUUGAUAAAAUAAUGGCGACGAAAAGUUUUCAAAGUACGUUGCCCACCAAGACCUCGCUACUGAAGACGAUAUGGCUCAAUACGCCUUCCACGUAUAAGGCAGGCAUUGCGGCAUUUUCUUUCUCAUCUAUGAUCAUAGGGUCUACGUUACUGAAAAGAUAAAAAAGUUUUCCUCAAA